AACAACCGCCAAAACCCCAAAACCACCUUCCUUCCUUUCUCUCUCCUCCCUCCUCUGUAACAAACUCUCCCUCUCUCUGCAACUCACUUCCACUAUAAAAUUCCACUGUAACAAACUUCCCUUCCACUUUCUCUCUCUUACGAACACCAUUUUUAAGCUCUCCAACAUUACAACAAUGGCGUCCAUUACCCAGGAUUUCUCUCUCCUCUUCCUCGUCUUGCUUAUCAUCUUCACUUCCAUUUCCUCCACCACCUCAACACCCAUUCUCGGCGUAACAAUCCACCACCACCCGCAAUCCACCACCCCUGAACACAUUGCCGCUGCUAUCACCCGUCGCAAAAUUGCCGCCGUCCGACUCAUCGACCCAGACCCAAACCUCAUCCGAGCCUUCUCAUACUCCUCUGUAUCUCUCCUCCUAUCCAUUCCAAAUACCCUCGUUUCUUCUCUGGCCUCCAACCGCUCCAACGCCGCCGUUUGGCUCUACACUCACGUCGUCCCUUUCUAUCCUCGCGCCAACAUCUCCGUUAUCUCCGUCGGCUCUGACGUCCUCUCCUCCUCCUCCGACCUCGCCGACGACAUCCUUCCCGCUAUUCGAAACGUUCACGUCGCACUUCACGAGCUCGGUAUUCGUAAAAUCUCUGUUUCCACCACUUUCUCUCUGAUCCCUCUGCUCACCUCCGCCUUCCCGCCUUCUUCUGCGGAGUUCGAAGAACCGGUAAACGACGUCGUCGUCCGACCAUUGCUCGAAUUUUUGGACGAGGCCAACUCCUCCUUCUUGGUGAAUAUUCACCCUUAUGAUCUCUACCGCUUGAACUAUGAGAUUGUACUUGGGUUUGCUCUGUUUCAAGAAAGUCCGUACAAUUUCAUGGACGACUCCACCACCGGAGUCCGGUACCAGAAUCUCUUUGAUACAAUGAUCGACGCGGUUCUUUCGGCAAUGGCAGUCGCCGGACACGAGAAUAUUCCGUUGAUCAUAACGGAAACGGGGUGGCCGAGCUCGCCCGGGACCAAUGAGGAGAACAAUGCCAACCAGGUGUUCGCUGAAAUGUAUCUGAAAGGGUUGACCAAACAUUUGAAAUCCGGGGUUGGUACACCUCUGAAGAAAGAUGGUGUUUCUGAGGUUUACAUCUAUGAGAUGUUUGACAGGGAAAGGGGUCAAGGGAACAGCAGUGGACUAACCAGGCAAUGGGGGAUAUUCUACCCUAACUUGACCAGCAAGUAUGAGCUUGAUUUAAGUGGGUCCUCACGAAUUUCUGAGAGCAAAGGUUUGUUGACUAUUCUCUCAGUUUGCUUGAUGAUGGCUGUUCUUGAUUUACUGGUGUAAGCACAAUUUAUCAACUGUUACUGAGAAUUGAUACCUUAUAUUUCUGGGAGAAUAUGAAUUUUGGUUUGAUUUAGAUCAAUUCGACUUUUCUAUUUUUUAUGUUUUAUUUUUCUUCUUCUAAGCUUUUAUGUUCCCUAAGUCUGUUGUUAGAUGUUUGAGUGUUGGAUGUAAUGAAGAGAAUUUGGUGAAUAAUGAAGAGGGAGUAGUGUGGAAAGUCGAAAUCAAUAAUGGUUGUUGUUAAUUACCGGUUUAGAGAAGUAGGGAACAUCAGUGUACUGUGUUGAGGAGCAAUUGUUGAUACUGAUUACUGUAAAUCUUUGAUACACAGUGAAAUGAUAUCUAGUUUUAAAGUUUUUGGAGAA